AUGGGCUGGGAAGAUGUGGUACGUGUUUUCAAGCGGCUGAAUAAUGUUUUCGAAAAGUAUGAAAAGUUGCCCUCGUUUAUUUUGAAACCAAAACAAGUUCAAUGUUUCGAGUAUUUAGGAGAAGGACACCACGUUAUAGCUGUUUUGCCUACUGGGUUUGGUAAAUCGUUAAUUUAUCAACUUUUACCCGACUUUGUUCCAGAACGAAAGGCAGGCAAUAUUGUACUUGUUGUCUCUCCUUUAACAUCAAUUAUUGAAGAUCACCAGAGAUACGAACCCUUGUUUGAGGAAGAUUUGAAUGAUGCAUCAAAUUCUGUUUUUAAAAUUUCAAAAAGCAUUGUUGCAGGCAAAUGUAAAAUUUUAUUUGCACAUCCAGAGUCACUGUUACCAGAUCAGGGAAGGAAGAUAUUACGAUCAAAAAUUUAUGAGGAAAAUGUUGUGGCUUGUGUGAUAGACGAGGCGCAUUGUGUGGAAUUAUUGGGUGAAGAAUUUCGUACAGAAUUUCAAAACUUAUCAGUUUUACAAGCAUUCUUCCCUCACAGUAUCAUGUUAGCUUUGACUGCAACUGCUUCACCAACGAAAUUACGUAAUUUAAAAAAAGCUUUGAAAAUAGAAAAUUGCAAAGUGGUUACUGCAAAUCCAAAUCGUAAAAGCAUUUUUUUAAAAAAAAGAAAUAAGAAUGAGUAA